AUCUAGAAAUUGCUAUGUUUAUGGUGGCGGCAUAAAGCGUCAUUCCGCGUUGAGGUUAUGUUUCUCUUACGUUUAAAAAACUACAUAAAUAAAUGUUCAUGUAGCGGUUAAAUAUAUAUGUUUUUGUCAUUUCAUUGUAUUAUUUUUGUAGAAAAAUUACGCUUUUUUCAAACUAUCAAAAUGUCAGGGGGUAUGCUUUAUGGGGGAGAUGAAAUUGGAGCUUUGGUAUUUGACUUGGGUCAUCAUUCUUUGAGAGUUGGUUAUGCUCAGGAAGAUACACCAAAAGCCGAAAUUCCAGCAGUUGUAGGUAUAGGAGAAGAUGGCAACUGUACAGCAACCAAAACAGAACCCAUGGAUAUUGAUGAUAAAAAGCCAGAUAAUAACAUUACACAGGCUGGGACCAAAUAUUAUAUUGAUACUACCAUACUUCAUGUUCCAAGAAAGAAUAUGGAAGUUGUUAGUUACAUGAAAGAUGGUAUGAUUGAAGACUGGGAUCAUUUUGAAAAGGUUUUAGAUUAUACAUAUUCCAAAGUAAUUCAGUCAGAUGCAGAAUAUCAUCCUGUAUUAUUUUCUGAAUCCCCAUGGAAUGUACGCAGUAAAAGAGAGAAACUAACUGAAUUAAUGUUUGAAAAAUAUAAUGUACCAGCUUAUUUUCUUGUUAAAAAUGCAGUUCUUGCUGCUUUUGCCAAUGGUAGAGCUACUGGUAUAGUUGUUGACAGUGGUGCAACACAUACUUCUGCUGUACCUGUUCAAGAUGGUUUUGUAUUAACUCAAGCAAUAGUUAAGUCCCCACUUGGAGGGGACUACAUAAGUAUGCAGUGUAGACAAUUUUUACAGGAUAAUGACAUUGAUUUGUCUCCUUCUUAUAUGGUGGGUAGUAAAGAAGUUGUUAAAGAUCAUGAAAAGCCAAGAUGGGUAAAAAAGAAAGGAUUGCCUGAAGUUACUAAAUCUUGGCAUAAUUAUAUGGUGAAGAAACUUAUACAAGAUUUCCAAGCUACAGUGUUACAAGUAUCAGAAACUCCAUAUGAUGAAAAAAUUGUUUCUACAAUUCCUGCUGUUCAAUAUGAAUUUCCUACUGGAUACCAUCAGGAUUUUGGAAGUGAAAGAUUUCGCAUACCAGAAGCACUGUUUGACCCUAGUAUGGUCCAAAUGCGUGGUGGUAUGGUUGGCAAUACUAUGUUAGGAGUAGGCCACAUUGUUACUACAAGUGUGGGCAUGUGUGAUGUUGAUGUAAGACCAGCUCUAUAUGGAAGUGUUGUUGUUACUGGUGGCAAUUCAUUCAUUCAGGGCUUCCCAGAACGUUUAAACAGAGAUCUUUCUAUGAGAAUUCCAUCUAGCAUGAGAUUGAAAUUGAUUAGCGUGAAUGGAUGUGCUGAACGACGAUUCGGGGCUUGGAUAGGUGGAUCCAUUUUAGCAUCUAUUGGGACUUUUCAGCAAAUGUGGAUAUCAAGUCAAGAAUACGAAGAAAGUGGAAAAAGCCAAGUAGAACGAAAAUGCCCUUGAAUUAGAAUUUAUAAUUUAUUUUGACUUGUUUAAUCUAGUAACAUUGAUACUUGUACAAAUACCAUCUAGAUAACUUUGAUUAAGUAGAUAGUUAUGAAACAUUACAUUUUGAAGGAUUGACUCUUAUAUACAGCAAAAAAUCUGAUUUUAUAAUUGAUUUAAUGUGUGUUCUAAAUGUUGAUCUAAGACAUGAAUAAGUAUGUUAUACUUACACAAAAUAUUGAUUAAGGACUGUAAAGUAUUCAGUAAAAAAUGGAAAUUCUAUUUAUCAUCAACGCACCGUAUGAAUGCAAUAAAAUUUUAUAAGAAAUUAUGUAUAAAAAUUUUAUUAAGAUUUUUAUAAAAACUUACUAGUAAAAGGCUGUGUCUUUGAAACUUCUAUAACUACUAGUGUUCCUUUGUCACGUACAUCUUUUCUUGGAAUAAAUUCAACUACAAAGACCGUUCUUUUGAUAAAGAA